CGGCUCUAGGCGGUGCUGUGCUCCCCCGUUCCCGCGACACACGAACCUGUCAACGCAACUGUCCUGUCACAUCACAACUGCCGUUUUCUCUGGCUUUUUUUCCUAAUUGUUGGAGCGUGACAGACGAGCGGAGUGAAGAAGGAGGACAGACCGGCGUCUGCUUCGCUGGACAUUCAGGCGUCCGCGCUGCCGCCGCCGCCGCUGCCUCUGCCUGUUUUACCGCAGACACCUUUCCCACCGCUCGCGCCCGCAAACUCAACCGAACCCUCGACACUUUUUCUCCCCCUCUCGGCUGAGUGUUCCAGCCUCCACCUCCUCUCCUCCAGAGCUCAGCGCGGCAUACAAAGUAUGAAAGAUGGAGGAGUGACGCUGGAGGAGCCGUGAGUGAAGAAACCUCGCUUUAUUGGGGAAAAAAAAAAAAAGUAGCGACGUCUGUGACGCGAGACCACCGUGUGCGUUAACGCCAGGAGACAGCAGCCAGCAGCCAGAGUGACAGCACCAGCCAAAAUGUCUGUCCCGGUGUUCUGUAGAAUAUUUGGCUGCCUGCAGGGGGCACCACAGGUAGAGAACGUGUUGGCCAAGGCGUUGUAUGACAAUGUGGCCGAGUCCCCGGACGAGCUGUCCUUCCGCAAGGGUGACAUCAUGACGGUGUUGGAGCGUGACACGCAGGGACUGGACGGCUGGUGGCUAUGCUCCCUCCAUGGUCGCCAAGGCAUCGUCCCGGGCAACCGCCUCAAGAUCCUGGUCGGCAUGUAUGACAGCAAGCAGCAGCAACAGGCCUCGCCUUCCACACUAGAUCCAGUAGCUUCCUGUCCUCCCUCUCUCCCGCCCUUGCUGGCACACCGACCCCUCCCUCCUCAGAGCGCUUACACCAUACCAACACCUGCACCGUCGUCUGCUGCCAUCGCUACGUCCUCUUCUGGGUUUGCCAACAAGCCCCUCCCGGCAGCUCAGUACACAUCCAUGCACUCAGCCUACUCUACCCCAUGCCCUGCACAGCCCAACCCUGACUCUGUCUACAUGAUGCCCCCCUCCCACAACACAAAACCAAGCCCGCACAGUGUGUACCAGAUUCCCUCUGGUCCAGUUGGUCCCACUCCCCCCAGCAAAGCGUCAGCUUUACCCCCGAGACAGUACCAGAUGUCUGCAAAGGACAUCUACCAGGUGCCCCCCUCUUUAGGCCCGGUGCCAGGCCAGGGAGCAGGCCUUAGUGGUGGUACGGGGACUGAGCAAGACGUGUACCAGGUGCCCCCCUCCCUGGAUAAGAGGAACUGGGAGAGUAGCAACAAGCCACUGGGGAAGGUGGUAGUUCCUACUCGGGUUGGACAGGUGUACGUGUACGACACACUGAAGACAGACCAGGACGAGUAUGAUGUCCCACCCAGACAUCAACCUCCAACUCAUCAGGACAUAUAUGAUGUGCCACCUACCCGCCAACAGUACAACACACAGGUGUACGACACCCCUCCCAUGGUGGCGAAGGGGCCCUCUGGUGGUCAGGAUAUAUACGACACCCCAGCAAGCACAGAGAAGAACACACAGCAGACAGUGUAUGAUUUCCCGCCGUCUGUCAGUAAAGAUGUCCCUGACUCUCAGCCAAUCCGAGAGGAGACGUACGACGUACCGCCCCACUUUGCCAAACUCAAGUCUUACGCCCCCGUCCCAGCCGGCCAGUACCUGCACAACAACCUCGCUGACGACGACAACGAGCCCCCGAUUCCUGAGGACGUGUACGACGUUCCGCCCCCCAUCCUCACUGACAAGCAGUAUCACAGGGACAGGACCGGGGUGGGCCAGGCCACGCAGGACAUCUAUGACAUCCCAGCCAGCCUGAGAACCGGAGGUCACGCCCCCACUCAGGAUGUUUACGACUUCCCCCGGGAACGAGAGGAGAGAGGAGAUCACUAUAUCUAUGAUGUCCCACCACAGGUUGUGCGCGAUGUCCAGUCCACCAGCGAGGAGCUGACCAUGUCCUUCAAGCGUCUGUCUGCCUCGAGUACAGGCAGCACGCGGAGCAACCACUCUGCCUCAUCCUUGGACAUGGUCCCUGUCCGCGACACCUCCUCGUCCUCCUCACUUCCUGCUGCUCCUGGCUGCGUUUCAGGGAAACCCCUCAUCUUGGACCUGGAGCAGGCCAUGGAGCGUCUGUCCCGCCUGCAGCAAGCUGUCGAGUCCAGCGUUUCCCUCAUGAUGUCAUUCAUCACAGGUAGCUGGAGAAGCCCCGCUCACCUGGAAGGGAACCUCCCAGCCAUUCAUCAGGCGGCCGACCGGGUGCGCGCCACUGUCCGAGACUUCCUAGAAUUUUCCCGGGGGGCUGUGGCAAACGCCGGCCAGGCCACGGACCGGUCUCUGCAGAGUAAACUGGGCCGUCAGGUGGGGAAGAUGGAGGAGGUCUUCCAGAGUUUGGUCCGACACAGUCAAAGCUUAGAUGCCAUUUCUUGGUCACACACGGCGCUCACGGCACCGCCGCCAGGAGGCGAUGACUUAGAUCGGCUAAUCAUGACGGCGCGAGGCAUCCCAGACGACACGAAGCAGCUCGCCUCCUUUCUUCACGGCAAUGCCUCACUUCUCUUCAAACGGAACAACCGGCAGCAGCAGCAGCUGCCGCUUCCUCCGAUCCCGGGGGAGCUCGGUGGUCACAUGACAGGGUCGGGAAGUGGCACGUAUCAGGGAGGGGAGAAGGUGAACAUCCAGUCGCGGCCCCUCCCGUCGCCACCAAAGUUUACAGCGGCAGAGGAAGAGGAAGGUGGGGACAGGCCGUAUGAGACCACAGAGGAAGGCUGGAUGGAGGAUUACGACUAUGUACAUCUACAGGGGAAGGAAGAGUUUGAAAAGAACCAAAGACAGCUGCUGGAGAAAGGCAACAUCAUACGACACAACAAGACACAACUGGAACACCAGCAGAUUAAACAGUUUGAGCGGCUAGAGCAGGAAGUCAGUCGGCCAAUCAACAACGACAUGACCGGCUGGGUCCCGCCCCCCCACCACCCGCUGGCCAACCAGCUGCCCCAGAAUGGCUCCGGAGGCCCGGCCGUCGCCAAGCUCUGCCACGGCGACAGGCAGCUCCUCCUUUUCUACCAAGAGCAGUGCGAGCAGAAUGUCACCACGGUGACCAACGCCAUCGACGCCUUCUUCACCGCCGUCAACUCCAACCAGCCGCCCAAGAUCUUCGUGGCGCACAGCAAGUUUGUCAUCCUCAGCGCGCACAAGCUGGUGUUCAUCGGCGACACGCUGUCGCGCCAAGCCAAGUCCCCCGAGGUGAGAGCGCGAGUGGCCCAGAGCAGCAACGCCCUCUGUGAAAAACUCAAAGACAUCGUGAUCAGUACGAAGACGGCGGCGCUGCAGUAUCCUUCGCCCGGAGCCGGCAGAGACAUGACUGAGAGGGUGAGGGAGCUGGCGGGGUAUACGCAGCAGUUUAGGAUGGUGCUGGGGCAGCUGCUGGUGAUGUAGGGUUUGUGGAAGGAGGAGGGGAUAACAAAACAAACAAUGACACAAACUGGGAUGUCCCAGGAAGACGGGGCAGUAAACUCUCCUUGUAACACAUGGUGGACGACCCUUUACACCCCCCCCCCCCUUAUACACAAGGUAAGAGGUCCAGGAGCACAAAGUGCUGCAGGAGACCCUGUACACCCUUCCAGUGUGAGGUUGGAGACCCUGUGUGCCUCAGUAGGGUGAGGCUUUCCAUGACUCCUGCUAAGAAGCAUGAGAAACCCUGUGUGGCCCUUGGUCUUGGGGGUCUGGGACCCUGUCUGGGACAAGGACGCUGACCUCACAUCCAUCCUCCGCUCCCUCCCUACCUCACCUUUCACCGGGAUCGUUCUCUCUCGUCCCUCCUUCCACUGCGUGCUUUUUAUUCUCGACAAACUAAAAGAACAUUUUAUCAUCAGUGGGCUGGGCCAAUGGUUGUAAAAUAAUCACUGUAAAUAUUUAAGUUACCUAUUUAGUCAAAAAAAAAAAACACAGAACGAUAAAGACUGAAGAACUUCCAGUAUAUAAAUAUAAAUAUAUGGCUCUUUUUUUUUUUCUUUUUUUGAAGAAAAGAUGAAAACCUAAGUGUAGUUUUUAGACAAUAUCCAAUAAUUGUUAUUAUGAUUAUUGCUUUACUGUAUGAUUAUGGCUCUGAUUCUCGACCCUCGUAUCAUUAUUGUAAUGGAUGUGUCACUUCCAGAUGCUCUGUAUGACUGUGUUGUAGUGCGUCGACGCUCCUCGCCAUCCCGGAACACAGCGGCACACUCUCCGAGAAAACACCGGAGCGCGCGGGCCGCCGCUCGACUUCACCCGCCCGACGCGUCGCCACCUUCUCCUCUGUGUGUCGUCAUCGCCCGUGGUUCAACCAGUUGGUCCGCAUUGAGUCGGAGCCACCAGUGCAGUCAACGCUGCUGCCAGAAGAUGUCAGCAAAACUGUUAUUACACAUGAUCUCAGUGCCAUGUCGAGUGCUUCUUUUUGGGAAAUCUGUACGUAAGGUGUUUUGUAAGAGGCAUGUAUUAGAGAUGAGGACUGUAUAAGGUUCAAGACGACAAAUGAAAUUAAAACUGCUUUGUCUUCCUUA